AUGGCUAGCAGUCAACAACAAUCCAGUUCGUCCGUGUCGGCAUUUGUGUCGGCAUUGAUCUUGAACUUAAUCAUCUUCGGCGUGUUUGUGUCGAUCUUUGUUGCUCUUAAGGGCAAAUACACAAGAGUUUAUCAGCCAAGAGCAACUGUUGAUACAGUUCCCCCAAAGCUUAAAGCUGACCCACAGCCUAAGGGUGCUUUCGCAUGGGUCAACUACAUCCUGUCUAAGCCUGAAUCUUAUGUUAUUGAGAAGGCCGGUAUCGAUGGUUAUUUCUUCUUGCGUUACUUGGUGACAUUUGCUUCUAUUGGACUUGUGGGUGGUCUCUUUUUGUGGCCGGUCCUUUUUGCUGUUAACGCUACUGGAGGUGCAAACCAAAGUGGUUUUGACAUCAUCUCGUACUCUAACAAUCUUGGAAGAUGGAGAUCGUUUGCUCACGUGUUUUGUUCCUGGUUGUUUUUCGGAAUUGUGAUCUACACGAUCUACAAGGAACUGAUCUACUACACCAGUUUCAGACACGCUAUCCAGACCACUCCAUAUUACUCCUCCUUGCUCUCUUCUAGAACCUUGUUCAUUGACAACCUUCCAGAAGAGAUCCAGGAUGAGGCUACUCUCCACAGAUUGUUCCCUGCUGCUGUUAACAUUUGGUACACCAGAGACACUAAGGAGUUGCAAAAGCUUAUCAAGAAGAGAGGUAAGCUUUCUGGAAAGCUCGAAGGCAGCUUUGUUAAGCUUAUCGGAAAGGCUAUCAAGCUCAGAUCCAAGGCUGUGAAGAAGAAUAAGCCACUUCCAGAACCAGCUAAUGAAAUUACCUCGUACAUUCCUCAAAAGAAAUUGCCAACCUACAAGGACACUUGGAUUCCAUUCAUCGGUAAGAAGAAGGAUCUUCUGACUACCGGUGUGGAUGAGGUUGGUGACUACAACGAGAAGAUCAACAAGGAGCAAUUGAACUACCCAGAUGGUUACGAAAAGACCGGAUCCGUGUUCAUUGAGUUUGCUAGCCACUUGGAGUUGCAAAGAGCCUACCAAGGCGUUCCAUACGCCAAGGAGCUUAAGUACUCUAGAAGAUUCACUUCUUCUGCCCCAGAAGACAUUGUUUGGGAAAACUCCGGUCUCACUGCUAAGGCUAGAUCUGGUAAGAGAACCAUUGCCGCUACUGUCUUGACUUUGACCAUCAUUUUCUGGGCUAUCCCAGUCGCAGUUGUCGGUUUCAUUUCUAACAUCAACUACUUGACCAGCAAGCUGCACUUUUUGCGUUUCAUCAACAACAUGCCAGACGUUCUGAUGGGUAUCAUCACUGCUUUGCUGCCAACCAUUGCUUUGGCUGUGUUGAUGAUGCUGUUGCCACCGUUCAUUAGAAAGAUGGGUAAGGUUGGUGGAUGCAUGACUGCGCAAAGUGUUGAUCACUGGACCCAACAAUGGUUCUUUGCUUUCCAGGUUGUCCAAGUCUUCUUGGUUGCUACCUGUACCUCUGCUGCUGCCUCUUCCGUGACUCAGGUUAUGGAGGAUCCAUCGAUGGCCAUGUCGCUUUUGGGUCAAAAGCUCCCAGCUGCUUCGAACUUCUACAUUUCCUACAUGCUUCUGCAAGGUCUGUCCAUCAGUUCUGGUGCUCUUGCCCAGAUUGUUGGUUUGAUUUUGUCUUUUAUUUUGGGAAGAUUCCUUGACAACACUCCAAGAAAGAAGUGGAACCGUUAUAACACCUUGGGAACUCCAUCCUGGGGAACCAGUUACGCCGCUUUUGGAUUAUUCACAGUCAUCAUGCUUGUCUACUCGAUCAUCUCUCCAAUCAUUAUCGCUUUCACCACCAUUGCUUACUUCCUGAUCUACAUUGCCUACUUGUACAACUUGAACUACGUGCUUGACCACACUGUGGACAACAGAGGACGUAACUACCCAUUGGCUUUGUUUGAGGUCUUUGUGGGACUUUACGUUGCUGAGUUCUGUUUGAUUGCUUUGUUCGUUAUGCCAAAGAACUGGGCAUGUGUUGUUUUGGAAGCUCUUAUGGUUGCCGUUACCGUUGCCGCACACUUAUACAUGAGAUGGAAAUUCGAGCCACUGCUCGAGACUGUCCCAGUUGGUGCAAUCAAGGAGGUUAGUGGUGGCCAAGCCGGUGCCUACCCAAUGAGUGACCAAGGCUUGCGUCAAAUCCGUGAAGAGGGAGAAAACUACUUUGUCUCUGGUUCUUCUGACUCCUCCAAGUAUGUGGAGAACGACUCUGCUACCAAACAGCCAUUCUCGCCAAGCGACACGCACACUGCUGCAACCGACUUGGAGAAGAUUGCCACAUUGGACAACGAGGAGAGACCGUUCAACCAGGCUACUGUGGCCGAGGGACAGAACCAACUCGACCCUAGAAAGUACGCUAGUGCUUCGUUUGUGAAGGGCUACGUGGACAGAUACUUCAAGCCAAGACAGUACUUGAGCUUCAACUACGUGAGAUCCAUUCUGCCAGCCUCGUGGCAAACGCCUGUUGCCAAGAGCAACGACACAUACAAAGACCCUGCUGUCACUCUUGAUGAGCCACACUUGUGGAUUGCCAAGGAUUCGCAGGGACUGUCCACGAGCUUUGUGGAAUCCUGUCAAGGUAAGAUUCUGAUUUCUGACGAAAACGCUGUUGUGGAAGAGAACGGUAAAAACAACUACACCGGUCCGCCACCAGACUACACUCCUACAGAGAAAGCUUGA